AUUUUUUCAACACUUCUUUUCCUCCUCUGUUCUGUCGUUGUGUCUUCAAGCUCACCCACAUCAAAUUCCAGACGAAGAGGGAGAGAGGGCCAAAACAUUGAACUCUCCCCCUCUCCCUCUUGGAUUUUGUUUUUGAUUUUUCCUGUCACCAAUUAAUCAAUUUAGUCAAAACCCUAAUUGGAAGAUGAGCAGUCAAAUGGGUCCUCCUCCUCCAAAGAGGACCAGUCUCACCCAUAAACGAGGCUCAACCACAGCCAGAAGGUCAUCGUCCUCAAUGGCGCCGACGCCGUCAGAGAACGGCGGCACCUCCUCCCAUGGUGGAAACACCUCCAAGCCCUCCUCUCCCGACGCUCCAUCGCCUGUGGGAGGGGAAAGGACAGUGAAGAAAUUGAGGUUAUCGAAAGCACUAACGAUUCCAGAGGGAACCACAGUGUCUGAUGCUUGUAGAAGAAUGGCAGCUCGUCGUGUCAAUGCUGCUUUAUUGACUGAUGCUAAUGCUUUGCUUUCUGGGAUUGUUACUGACAAGGACAUUUCGGCGAGAGUAAUAGCGGAGGGGUUGAGGCCAGAUCAAACAAUAGUAUCAAAGAUUAUGACAAGGAAUCCUAUUUUUGUUAACUCGGAUUCUUUAGCCAUUGAAGCGCUUCAGAAGAUGGUGCAGGGCAAGUUCAGGCACCUCCCUGUAGUGGAGAAUGGUGAAGUUAUUGCGUUGCUGGAUAUUACAAAGUGCCUCUAUGAUGCUAUAUCUAGAAUGGAGAAGGCUGCUGAGCAGGGGAGUGCCAUCGCUGCUGCUGUUGAAGGCGUGGAACGUCAAUGGGGAAACAAUUUUACUGCUCCACAUACAUUCAUAGAAACUCUGAGGGAGAGAAUGUUCAAGCCCUCCUUGUCAACAAUUAUUGGUGAACAAACAAAGGUUGCAGUUGCUUCACCAUCAGAUCCUGUCUAUGUUGCAGCGAAAAAAAUGCGGGAGUUGCGGGUUAAUUCAGCUAUUGUUGUGACUGGGAACAAAAUUCAGGGGAUACUCACUUCAAAGGAUAUUCUCAUGCGAGUUGUGGCACAGAAUCUUUCUCCUGAGUUGACUCUUGUGGAAAAGGUAAUGACACCAAACCCUGAAUGUGUGACAUUGGAAACAACAGUCCUCGAUGCAUUACAUGUAAUGCAUGAUGGGAAGUUCUUACAUCUUCCUGUCUUGGAUAAAGAUGGGUCUGCUGCUGCAUGUGUAGAUGUUCUGCAAAUAACUCACGCAGCAAUUUCCAUGGUUGAAAGUAGCUCUGGAGCUGUUAAUGAUGCAACCAGCACAAUGAUGCAAAAGUUCUGGGAUUCUGCUCUUGCUUUGGAACCACCAGAUGAUUAUGACACCCAAAGUGAAAUGUCUGCACUAAUGGCAUCAGACGGGGCAGAACUUGGAAGGUACCCAUCACUUGGUCUUGGAAAUUCAUUUGCCUUCAAAUUUGAGGAUCUAAAGGGCCACAUACAUCGACUCAAUUGCUGCACUGAGAAUUUAGAUGAGCUUCUUUCCACUGUCUUGCAAAGGAUUGGCACUGAAAACGAGCAAGAUCGACCCCAACUUUUGUAUGAAGAUGAUGACGGUGAUAAAGUUUUGCUUGCAACUGAUGGUGACCUCAAUGGUGCUGUCAGCCAUGCUAGAUCAGUGGGACUGAAGGUUUUAAGGUUGCAUCUUGACUAUUCUGAUCCAAGCAAUCAAACAACAUCACUGUUGGAUACAACUACAACUGCCACCCAGAGAAUUGGAUUGGUGUCUUUCCGCUCUGGUAUCUUUGUAGCUGGUGUCGGCUUAGCAGGCAUUGCUGUUGUUGCUUACUUGAAGCGCUCUAAAAUGUGAAAUUUUGUUGUGUCAAAAUGUGAAGAACACACUUGAGAUUUUGAAGUUGAUUCACUGGGGGUUCUACCAACAUUUGAAGAUAUUUGUUGGCCAGAGCUUGAAGGAAAAUUGAAGGUUAAGCCUAAUUGUUUCAUCAGAAAGAGGUGUAGAUGUUGUCUUGCCCAUUAACUAAAAAUUCUGGGUGCAUCGAAGCACUAACCUGAUGAUUGGUAAGGUAUAUAAAUAUCGUUCUAUCCUGAUGAAAAUGCGCAAUUUUUGCACGGGAACCCUCUACUGCUAAAAGCUAGAUCUUGUAUUGAGUUGUAGGCACGAUAUCACUACUUAUUUUUGUUACCUACAAACAUUGUUUUAUCAAGUUCCUGUUUCCUAACUAAAAAAAAGGAGAGGAAAGUUUCUCAUUA